AUCAAAUUCCCCAAGGACCCGUGGGUUUGAUCAGGUAAGGGUUUGCUCACCCAAAUUUCACUUCCCCAACCUUUCCGACGCAGCGGCGCGCGAGCGUCCCGGCGAUCGUGAGCGGUCGACGGCUUGCUUCCGGCCCCGACCCGCUCCUCGCUAGGUCAACAAUGCCGCUCGCCGCCACUCAAGAGGGAAAGGCGUCGGGGUCCGGAGCCCCUAAGCCACGACGCGGCCGCAGCUCCACCGGCGCCGCCAUGCUCACGACGACGGCUCGGUCCAUGGCGCUUGUGCGUACGCGGCCCCAAUCCUCGGGCUCCCAAUCGGCACAAAGAAGGAAGAGGAAGGGGAGGGCGGCUGGGAACAAGAGAUCGAACAAGCGCAAGAGGACCAGGGAGGAGGAGAAGGACGAUGAAAGGGAGGAGGAGAAGAGGGAGGAGGAGGAGAAGGAGGAGGAAAGGGAGGAGGAGGAGGUCUCAUCUGCAGGAAGCUCCCCACUUCGUGAGCUCCACGUACCGGAUGAGAUCUAUGAUCAUGGUGAUUCGGGUAUAUGGAAAGCAAUUGAUGAAGCGCAACAUUAUAUCAAUGCAAAACUAGCUCGCCGCACGGCAUGGCCCACACUCAAUACGCGCAUGAUUAGAAGUACCAAGUGCGUGCUUGAUGAUCCAAAGCUUGUUCUUGACCGUGAAUCAGCAAGAAAGGCGGUGCUUUUUGCUGCCCCAUCUUUUGUUGGACUUACAUCCUCUGUUGGUGGUAAGACGCUAGCACGAUGCUGUGGUUUCUGGGUUCAUUGGGACGAGGAGAGUAAGAUUGGCACAGUUUUGACUACAUCACGUCUAAUUUGCACCAAGUCCCCAUCCAGGAGCGCCUGGUUAGGACAAGAAGAGUAUGAUAUUGAUGCUGAGGUUCUUGUGCACCUGCGGGGUAACACCACCGAAAAGGCCCACCUGCAGUAUCUUCAGAAGCACUAUGAUUUGGCCUUCUUCAGUGUUAAAGUAGAUCAACCUGUCCGUAGACUCCCUUUCAAUGAAGGUGUGAAACAUGCUGACCAAGUUUUGGAGCUUGGAAGAGAUGAAAGUUCGUUUCUGAGGAUAAACCAUGGUGUGGUAAUAUACUCGAGAGAAAAUUUGCUUGAAAGAUAUCACUAUAUGCAUGUUGAUGGUACAGAUCCACGUGCUAAGUAUGGCAAGGGAGGGCCACUCAUUGACUUUGAUGGAAAAAUUGUCGGAAUGGUCAAUGGCAACACCAGAGGGUCUUUUAUACCAUCUUCCAUUUUAGUCAAGUGCUUGCAGCUAUGGAGGAAAUUUCAGUGCAUCCCUCGGCCUCAUCUUGGAAUGAAAUUUUGGUCAAUCAAGUUUGUAGACAUUGCUCUUGCUGAGAAUAUAUUGUACAUGUGCAAUAUUGAUGAUGGCCUUAUUGUUGAAGAGGUGUCACAAGGCUCGCAUGCAGAAAAACUUGGGAUACGAGAUGGUGAUGUUAUCAGGUGUGUUAACGGACAACACAUCUCUACUACAGUUGAGUUAGAGAAUAUGUUGCUGGGCAAAUGUGAGGAUGAGAGUGGUAACCUUAUUUCUGAACUGGAUGUCGAGCUUUCGAUAUUUCACAUACGCAAGUCUCUAUGGAGAAACAGGACAUUACAUGUAAAUGUGUCGGAUGAUGGUGAGGUUGUUGACAAAGGAGUUCGUUGUCCUUUUGGAAAAGGGACCUCAGUUUCCUUGGUGUCACCAGGUGAGCCCAGUGAAACAACUGAUCAGUACUGUGCCACUUGACCGAGGGAGACACCAUGGUCGAUACCGAAUCGCCUGGUCACAGCUAAUGGUGGCUUUAUGGAGUUGAGGGAGACAUGGCUUUGGUGAACGGAAAGUGUGAAACCUCCAAGUUUCUGCUAAAUUCCUAAUCCCUUGUGCUUGAAUAUGAACUGUCACAUUUCUGUAUGUUGGUUGAGUUCUAACACUUGAUGUA